CAAGGGAAGGAGGUCUGUGUACCCGCAGCCCCCAGCAAUAUACGAAACGAACGACACGUUGAACGCGGCGCAGUUGCAAAACACGACACAACAGGUGCUCCACCACAUCGGAGACUGGGUGUUAUAUCGCUCAUCGGUCGAUUGCGAUUGCAGUGGUGACGAACAUCUGUACCGCUGUACACAUACGCAUAUACGUAUACAUACACUCACGUACACGAACCUGCACACGCGGUUAACUAGGAUACGAUGAUGUCGAGUAUGCCUUCAAUUCAGCUCGCGCCGCCCCCGGGGAGUGCAGGCAGUGGGUCCAUUGCGACGAGUGAGGAUGGGACACAAGCGAGUCAGGAUCCUUGUUGUCAUGGGUGUAGAGGGGUCAUCGAAGAAGGCUCCGUUGUCGCUUUCGGAGAAAACAUCUGGCACGUUGAAUGCUUCCGCUGCGCAAAAUGCAACUCCCUCGUCGACCACGACUCCAACCUCCUCCUCCUCGCCGACGGCUCCCCCAUCUGCGAAAACUGCUCAUACAACUGCCGUGCCUGCAACAAACGUAUCGAUGACCUCGCCAUCAUGACUGGUGACGAAUCCUACCAUUCGGAGUGUUUUAGGUGUCGGCUGUGUAAGAGCAAGAUCGAGGAUUUGGUUUUUGCGAAGACAAGUAGUGGGAUUUAUUGUAUUUCGUGUCAUAACGAGCGAAUGGCGCGGUCGCGGAAACAUCGGACGAGGGAUAAAGACGGGACUCGAGCAUCUGGUCUACCACGCGAUAAGACACUGCCGGAAAUCCCCCCCCAUCUCGCCUCAAGCCAGUCGACGAUGCAAUUAAGCGAGAUCGCUCGCGCUCGGAGUCCCAUUCCGCCUAUGUCUUCGCCGGGGUUGAGCGAUAUCCGCACACCUAGCCCGGCGAAUGCGGAGGUUACGCUUGCGCCGCCGCCGACGGAGGUGAGUAAAGCGACGAAACGACAGUCGAGGUUGUUUACGGCGGAUAUGGAUGCGUUGUCGGCUUUUAUGCCGCCGCCUUCCCCAACGAGGAGGGCGCCUACGCCUAGUGAAGCUGCUGCGGCGGCUGCUGCGAAUAGGAAUGGGACGAGUGAUUUUAUCCCGAUCAUGUUUGAUGAGAAGCCGAUGAAGACAAGUAAUACCAUCGCGACGGGGUUGGGGAUGGGUGGUAUGGGUGGAGGUGGACAAUUCAAUACGUGGUCCCCGAAGCAGGGAAGACCGGCCGAAUUACGGCAGAUGGAAGAACAGUACGACAACGCCAACGCCAACAACGGUACGCCCGGGGUCAGUAUGAGCUCGUUACCGUUUAGGGCGCCUAGUGGGUUGGGAAAGACGAGUGCGCUACCGGAAAAGAAGGGUGGGUUCUUGAGUCGGAAACUGAGUUUGGUGAGGAAGAACUCGUUACCCGACGAUCAACUCGCGCUACCCAACAAUGAGGGUGAGAAGCAUUCUCCGCCCUCGAGUCGGCGAAAGUCGUUGAAGGGCUUCGGUGGGUUCAGUGGGUUGAAGAGGACUACGACUUUACAGGAUUUGGGGAACUUGGGGCAGGAUAAUACCGCGAUCCCUGAGAGUCCGAGAGGGAUGCCGAGACAGGCGAGUGCUAGCCCGCUUGUGCCGAGUCCGAGUAUGCAGACGAUUGGUGGCUCUUCGCCGGUUCCGCCAUUACCGCCUACUCCUUCGUCGGCGAGGUUCGCUACGGUGAGCGGUGGCAAGAUCGUUGCGGCUGGCGAUAACGGCAAUAAUGCACCCCAGUUCUCGGAACCGAAUUACGGAGCGUUUAAUGCGAGUCAGUCGAGUUUGGGGGUGGUGAGCCAGGGACAGGGGGCGCCGAGUGAUGUUGGGAGUGCUGCUGCUUCGGUCUUUGCGCCGUCGAGGAAGAGUUCGUAUGGAUCUGUGUUAUCACAACCAGCUCCGGUUGCUCCGGCUGCGCCGUCACCGACGUCGGUGGGUAGCAAACCGAGGUUGGAGGCGAGCAGGAAGAGUUCGAGUACGUCGGUAUUGAGCGUACAGGAGUCGUUUGUUGAUUUGCCGGAGAUUGGGGCGUUGAGUAUGGAUGAUGAUGUCGCGAAGUUGAUGGCGAAGCAUGAGAGUGGGACGUCGACCACCACCAUCACCCGGUUGAGUCAGGCCCUGAAGCAUGGGCGGAGUCUAUCCGACCUCUCGGGUACGAAAUCGGUUAAACUUGGACGCGAAUCGAGUAGGAGUCCCAAGGCGGCGGGAGGAUGGGGGAGGAGGGCGUCGAUUACGAGCAGUCCCAGGUUGGAUGAGGUUGCGGAGGAAGAUGAUGAGAAGAAAGCAUUGAGAAGGGAGUUGAGGAACUCGAGUCAGAGGAUUGUAGAGCUGGAGAGUAAAGUGCUCGAGGAUGGGAAGAAACCGACAGAAGAGGAAGUCGAAGUCAAUAUCCAAGAAAAGAGGAAUACGCUCGUUGAUCUCGAGGCGAAGCGAGAGAUUAGGUUGGCGGAGUUAAGGGCGUUAAUGAAGGAACGUACUGAAACGGAUGCGGAGAUGAUGAAAGCGAAUAUCAUUGCGGAGUUGACGGACUCGCUGGACGAGCUGAAGGCUUCCUUUGAGGAGCAGAUUGAGGAUUUGAUCAACCAGCGCAAUAAGCUGUUUGAUGAGAAUACUCGUUUGCAGAUGUUGCGUACGCAAGCGAUCGAAGAGGCUCAUCAUCUUAACCAAAAGAAUAUCGAGCUUACGGAUUUGAACAAUGAGCUCAUGCAGGAGAUUCAGAGUAAAGUCAAGACGCACGGACAUGGGAAGAGUCCCAAUGUCGGUGCGGGACAGAGUGGAGGGUUUGGGUUGUUUGGAAGGGGUCAGAAGGAGAAGGAGAAACAGAUGAACUACAACCACAGUCAGGCGAGUUUGGCAAGUAGUGCGACUGCUGUACCUACGCUGCCGAUGUCUGAGACGACGCAGACGAUCAGUACGAUUCUUACGAGUGACCCUGCGGUUGUAGUGGCGGAUAGGAAGCUCACGACUGCGGGAACCUUGGACGAGGGCGAAGUCGUGAUGGAACCCGCUACGGUUGUGGAUCCACAUAAUCAGGAGUUUACACCGCCUCCCAAGAAGUUCAACUGGAAGAAGGGUGCGAAGGGUGCGGUAAAGGGUUUCAACAAGUUCUGGGCUUCGGAGAACUCUGGGAUGCCUGCGGGUGGGACCGGUAUGACGAUGUCCCAGUCAGCACCGAACGGGUUGAAUAUCAUGAACCUCCCUCGCAGCAUCACCAUGAACAACCUCAGUGCGAUGGCGAAAUCGCACUCCUUUCAGCCUAGCAAGUUCGCUCGCUCGGCAAAGUGUGAUCAUUGCUCUGACAAGCUUCGUGGAUCGGAGUUGCGGUGUGUUGCGUGUGGAUUCCAGUGUCAUACGAAGUGUCUGCCGGAUAUUGCGGUGAGCUGUAUGGGCAGUGGCAUCCCCGAACAUGACGGUGCGAGUGUGGGUGAGUCCGAGCAGAAAUCGGAUACAUUAUUCGGCGGUGAUCUGGGCAAACAAGCCGAGCUCGAAGGCCGGCCGAUUCCGCAUAUUGUCACCUGCUGUAUCGACGAAGUCGAAAAACGCGGUAUGGACUUCGAAGGAAUCUACCGAAAGUCGGGAGGCGCCAGCCAAAUGCGAACAAUCCAAGAGAUGUUCGAAGCCGCCUCUGCCCAAGCCGGCGAAGUUGACCUCUCCGAAGCCGGGGACAUUUGCGGCGUCACCAGCGUCCUGAAACAAUACUUCCGCCACCUCUCCACCCCACUCAUGACCUACGACCUCUACCACCAUCUCCUCGACGCCGUUUCUUCCUCCCACGACUCCGAUUCCGACCGCCUCUCCGCUAUCCGCUCCGUCCUCACAUCCAUGCCUGAGACGCAUUAUCUCUGCUUGAGGUACCUCAUGCUGCAUCUGGGUAGAGUCGCGGGAAUGGCGGGUACGAAUUUGAUGCAUGCGAAGAACCUGGCGGUUGUGUUUAGCCCGACGUUGAUGAGGGACCGGACGGGGGUUAGGGAGAUUACGGAUAUGCAGGGAAAGAGUAAGUUGAUGCAGUUGUUGAUUGAGCAUGCGGAGGUUGUGUUUGCGGAGUAAGGGACAUUGAGGUAGAGGGGAGUGAGGGGAUGGUGGUGGUUGCAAAUGGAAUGUAAGGGUGGAUAUACCCGAUUGGACACUGGAUGUUCUAUAUCAUAUUGUUUGUUUUUCUUGGGAGUGAAGAGGAGUUGCAGCUGGCAAUCAAGGGACAAAGCUUAUGCUUAGGUAUAACCCCUAUAUCCGUAUCGAGAUCAUCAGACAAAUAUUAGAAGACAAUUCGGUGAUACCUAUGCC